GUACCUGAAAAUCAAGAUGGCUACCGUAAUGCAAUGUACCGCACGGUUUGCACGUGUGGGAAAAGUAGUGUCGAAAUUAUAUCAUCUUAAAUAACAGAAAUGAACAAAAUGAAUUCUAUCAUAUUGGAUAACUUCAACAAACUGAAGAAUAACAAUGAAUCUGUGAGAUUAAAUGCUGGAGGAGCAUUACUGAACCAUUUAUGUCAAUAUAAUACGGAUCAUGACGACAAAGAAUUAAAUUAUGCACUAGUUAGAUUAGUGCGCAGUUUAGGAUCUUCACAGACAGUUACGAGAAAAGGAAAUUACAGCACAUUAACAGUUUUCUUAAUGAUGUAUCCUGAAAUUUCGAUAGAAAAGCUUUUAUCCAUAACGAAUACUCAAUUGCAGCCAAUUGGACAAAAUUCUAAAAGUGAGAAUGCUGAUAUAUACAUGGGACGUUUACUACUAUGUGGUGCAUUAAUAAGAUCCAAGUUACUGAUUAAAAGUACCACUGAGAUACAACAACAGAUCAUUGAAAUUCUUGUGAAUGCUGGCAAACAACGCAAUUAUCUAUCAUUUAUCUCUGUCAUGUUUCUUCGUGAGUUUAUUAUUCAGCUUGAUGUAGAAUCUAUGGAAAAAGUUGCUUGGUCGAUUGUUGAGAAGGAAAUUGGCAAGCCAUGGCCUGAACAAACUUUGGAUACAUUUUAUCUACUACUUGUUAUUGGAGAUAAAUAUCCAUCUCUACUUAAUCAUAAGUUUUUAAAGGAGCACUUUGGUGUGAAAAAGAUUAUCUCUAAAGAGACGAUGGAAGAUAUUGUCAAAAUAUUAACGACUUUACCUAGAAUUUCUUCUUAUCAACAUCCAGUGUUCAAGUUAUUUUGUGAAAAGUUAAUAUUGACUGAAUUUAUAGCAGACUUUUGGAAAGCCAUUGAUAAAUUUACAAAACCAUCAAAGAGUGAUGAAUAUAUUGCCACAGAAAUGUUACGACUCUUACUUUCUAAUAUCACAGAUAAAACUGUAAUUCCAUCAUUAUUAUCACCAAAUCUCUUGCAACACAUGUUAAAGCGAUUUUCUAAUUGUAAAAGGAAUAAUAAUGAUGAAGUUUUAAAAGCGUUUAGAAAAGUUUUAGAAUUGGUGAUAUCUGCUACAAAUGAUAAAGAUAUGAAGACAAAAAUACAAUUAAAUAUAUUGAAGAAACUCGUAUUACAUCCUGGUGAUUUAAUGAUAGAAAAGAAAACAAGUAUUAAAGUGAUCCAAAAAAUUACAGCAAAUUUAAAAUUAGAUGGUGUUAAAAAGUUAUGCCAAUUAUAUAGAGAUAUUAUAGAAAACAAAACAAUUAAAGAAAGAGAAAAUAUGAAAAUGGAAUUGUGGACAAAUGCUGAGCGAAGUUAUGCAGCACAAUUAUUAACAAGAUUGAUAGGCCAUCGAGAGAUACUCUUAGAUAAAGAAUGGAAGCUUGCACAGCUGAUAUUUUUGUUCAAUUAUGGGUUGUGUGAAGUGUCAAAUGUUGGAAUAGAAUUAGCAUUGCAAUUUAAAAAUUCUUUUUAUCGUGCUUUGGAUCAUAAAUUGCCAAAGUUGGACAAUGUGCGUAAUUUAUUAAGUGCACUCGUUCAUGAUGUGAACUCCAAGUUACUAUCUAAUGUGAUACAAUUAAGAUCACCAUUGAAUGAUGCAGCAUCCAAUGCUUGGAAAAGAGCCAUAGAUUUGAUUGAGAAAUUGGAAAAGAAUACGAAAAAUGCAAUUGCUUUACCAAUAUUUCAUACAAUGAAUUUACAUAUGAGUCUACAAUUAUUCUCAGAUCCUGAAAUGGCAAUUAUGUCAAUUAAUGAACUUCAAUGUUGUUAUGAGAGAUUAAUUAAAAAGUCCAAGGAGCAUAAAAAGCUCAAUGAUGUAUCUACAUCAGAAGAACCACAAUGGGUUGAAGUUAUAGUUGAUCUUUUAUUAUCUCUUUUAUCCAGGAAUAAUCAUUUAUUGCGUUCAUUAGUUGAUAGUGUGUUUCCACAUAUCUGUCCAUAUUUGACUCCAUCUGCUGUUCAUCAGAUAUUGGCUGUACUAGAUGUAAAAAAUAAUCAAAAUCCACUUAUCGCAAAGCAAAAUGAUAAUGAAGAUUCCUCAAGUAUGGAAAGUGAAUCAGAUAAUGAAGAGAAAGAAAAUGCUUUAAAUAGUGAAGAUUUAUCAGAAGAAAGUGGAUCCGAGUCUAAAUAUAUAAAUAAAGAUGAAAAUGAUGAAAAUAACGAUAAUAAUGAUGAUGAUAAGGAGGAUGAUAACGAUGAUGAUGAUGACGAUAACGAUGAUGAUGACGAUAACGAUAAUGAUAACGAUGAUGAUGACGAUGAAACAGUAACUGAUAAAGUAAGAAUGGCAGUACGUCAAGCUCUAGGUGAUGCUGCAACUCAAACUGAUGAUGAUGAUGAUGAUAUUGACGUAGAUAAAAUAGGUGAAGAAGAAGGCAAACGUUUAGAUAAAUCGUUAGCAGCAGCUUUCAAGCUUUUACGAGAAAAUCGUCAAGGUCGUUCUAAAAAACAAGAAAAAACAAAUGAAGCAUUGACACAUUUCAGAAUUCGUGUUAUAGAUUUGUUGGAUAUUUAUUUAGGGACUUGCCCAUCUAUGGCAGUUGCUUUAGAUAUGAUUGUACCGCUGUUUGCUCUCUUAGAAUUUUGUAUAAAGGAUCCACAUCAGCAACCACUUAAACAUAGAGUUCAGACUUUUAAAAAAUUAUCAACGACAAAGAAGUUUGAAGAUACAACAGGUGUUGAUGAUAUUUUGUUAACUACAGUACUGAAGGCUGUAAUCGAAAAAGGAGAGCGAUCUGCUUUGAUCUGUCAAGAAAUAAAUGAAAAUGUGGCAGAAUGCUGUACCUUUCUUGUAAAAUGUAUACAACAAGCAAAUCUAUCAAGCAAAAGUGUUAUAGAAAUUUAUAGCAGAAACUUAACUACAUUCAUGAGAAGAAGGGACUGCAAACUUUCGCUUAUAUUAUUUAAGAGUGUUUUGCAACUGUGCUGGGAAGAUAAUUGGCAGCUAGCACUUUUAUUGGUAAACUCUGCGUUUGAUAGCAAUAUUCGAUAUUUUCGUCGAAAUCAGGCGCUUGAGUUAUUAAUAAUUUUAUAUAGGAAUAAUCGUUUGUUGAAUAUGGAUACAAACUAUACCGACGUGAGAAUAAAAUUAGAAACAAUGCUUUGUGAAAAUAUCAUAGACUUAUGCAAAGAAUUAUGCAAUGCACGUGUAAGCGAUAAUGGACGAUUUAUUUCAUAUAAUGAUACCAGUGUACAAAAGAAGGUUCUACAGAAAUUUGUCUGUCUGCUCUUCACACUGUUACAAGUUGUUUAUGCACAUCAUUUGCCACAAGUGUGGAAUUGGCAAACCAUUAAGAUGACACUUGUAACAAUGUAUGAAAACCAAAGCAUUUUUUCUACGGAAUUGAAAAGUGCAUAUAAAAAGUUUGCUAUACAGAUAGGAAUUUCACUCAAUGUGAAAUCAACAAAGCAAAUUAAUCAAUCAAAUGGCUCAACUGAUAUUGCUUUACAAAAUAAGGGAAAACAAAAUAAUGUCACAUCUCAAAAUGGAAAAAUCAGUGAUUCAGAAGAAGAAAAAGAAACUGUACAUAGUAAAAAUGUACAAAAGAAGAAAAAGAAAACAAAUACAAAGGAGAAGCAAUUAUUAAAGAAAGAAGCACGUGAAUUGCGUGGAAAAGCAAUGUCUAAAGAUUUAGAAGUGUUUAAAUUUAGCACUGUCAAUUUACUAGAAAAUGACAUAAAUAAGAUGGAAGUUAGUCAAAAUGGACAUUCAAGUGAAUAUAACAAGUCCACGAAUUCAAAAUUAAUACAAAAAAGAAAUGGUGAUAAUGCAGUGGAGAAAAAUCGUGAACCUAAAAAAGAAAAAGAAGUAUCAGUUCUGUUUAAUAUGACUUUAGAUUUGUCAAUAUGAUAAAUGAUAUAAAAUAUUUGAGAGAAUAUAUGAAAAUUAAAAUAAA